UUAAUUUUGUGCUUUUUUAAAAAUCUAAAUGGUUAUUUAAUUCUUUGGACCAAGUCAUAUUCUUGAUGACAUGUGCUUAAAAUUGGUUAAUUGCUUCUCAGGUUUUCACUUUUCACCAAGUCAAAAAGACUGUUUUAACCUCCUUUUCAUAUCUUUCUUUUUUAAUUUACUCUCUCCCAUAUCUUCAAAGAACAUUCUUUGCUAUCUUCUUAGGAACCUCCGAAUUUAUAACUUUAAAUUACUUGAAGACUCAUUCUUUGUUCUUGGUAUUUGAGUGGGUGAAAUGGCAACAGCAUCAGCAACUACUCUCUCAGUUGGUUCAGCUACUUCCUUUGGCUCUAUAGUGAGCCCAAAAUUACAAUCAAAGGCCUUUGUUGCGAAAUACAAUACCAGGAACUACCUUAGGAAUUUCAGUGGUCUCAAGGUAGAGGCAUUUGUGCAAUGUGAAUCGGAGUCAUCAUUUUUGGGGAGGGAAACUGCUGCAGCUCUUCAAUCAUCCAUUAAUCCCAAAGCCCAAAAAGAAAAGCAGAGACCUCGGAACAAUUUUCAGCCCCAAGCAUCUUAUAAAGUGGCUGUUCUUGGAGCUGCUGGUGGUAUAGGCCAGCCUCUAGCUCUUCUGAUUAAGAUGUCACCACUAGUUUCAUCGUUGCACCUUUACGAUAUUGCAAAUGUCAAAGGAGUUGCAGCAGAUCUCAGCCAUUGCAACACGCCCGCCCAGGUUUUUGACUUUACCGGAGCUUCUGAAUUGGGCAAUUGUUUGAAAGAUGUAGAUGUAGUUGUCAUACCAGCUGGCGUUCCAAGAAAGCCUGGUAUGACACGGGAUGACUUGUUCAACAUAAAUGCAAAUAUCGUGAAAGGCUUGGUUGAGGCUGUUGCUGACAACUGCCCUGAUGCCUUUAUCCAUAUUAUCAGCAAUCCAGUCAACUCCACAGUGCCAAUUGCUGCUGAGGUUCUGAAGCAAAAGGGUGUUUACGAUCCUAAAAAACUGUUUGGUGUUACCACCCUGGACGUUGUCAGGGCAAACACAUUUGUCGCAGAGACGAAAAACCUGAGACUCAUAGACGUUGACGUCCCCGUGAUUGGUGGACACGCGGGGAUUACUAUUCUGCCGUUGCUGUCAAAGACAAAACCGUCAACUACUUUCACUGACGAAGAAGUACAGGAACUAACUGUGAGGAUCCAAAAUGCUGGAACAGAGGUCGUUGAGGCAAAGGCUGGAGCAGGAUCUGCUACACUGUCAAUGGCAUAUGCAGCGGCUAGAUUUGUUGAGUCAUCACUUCGUGCCCUUGACGGCGACGCUGAUGUGUACGAGUGUUCUUACGUGCAAUCUGACUUGAUGGAACUUCCGUUCUUUGCGUCGAGGGUUAAACUAGGACGGAAUGGGGUCGAGGCAUUGAUUUCAUCUGAUCUCAAUGGAUUAACUGAGUAUGAACAAAAAGCUUUAGAAGCUCUAAAGCCAGAGUUGAAAGCUAGCAUUGAAAAGGGGAUAGCUUAUGCUCAAAAAGAAACAGUGACUGCUUAGAACGAUGCUAUAUAGAGAAAUUUAGAUAGUUUUCAGGCAAGAUUCUCAGCAUGACAAUUUUGUAUGGCUCACUUUACUAGGUCCUUCAUUUUUUUAUAUUGGUCUGAACUCUUAACUCUAAUGUAAGCUUUAUUCUAUUUGCUUUGGAAGAAUGCAUCAGCAUUUCCAGUUGUUA